GAGCAGAGGAAAACCCACGAGAUGAGGAAGAGAGCGGAGAGGAACUUCUGGGAGCUGCACGCCGCCCUGCUGGAGGAGGGCACGGUGUCGGUGUGUCCAGACGGGUUGCUACACUUCGGAGAUUCGGUGUUGAUCCACGCGCCUGUCGUCCAGCCCCGGAAAGCCGGCGAGUCCAAGCCUUCCCUGCCCUGCACCCUCGCCGCCACGCCCUCCAGAGAUGCGCUGCUCAGGAACGACUUCGAGGAGACGCCCAUCACGGCCAGCCCGGACCACCACCAACCCGUCCUCAAGAAUGUGUUUACUAUACGCCCACGCCGCGCACAGGACGCCAUCGGCAACGUCCUGUGCUACGGUGACCCCUUUGACCUCACGCACGUCACGCACGGGGGGCAGGAGUACCACGUGACCUCGCCCGUGGGGUCAGCGCUGCACUCGGGGCGGGAGAGCAGGCGGCAGGAGGUGCUUUUGAAGGCGGGCAGCGGGGCGCACUCUGCCUGGCGCCUCAUACCCAGUGACAAAGCCCAGCGCGUGGUGAUGGAGGGGGAGCCGGCGGAGGUGGGCGCGCGCGUGUGGGUGGUGCAGACCAUGACCAAUCAGCCCAUGGUGGUGGAGGAGGAGUUUACCGCCGCCACAAUCUACGGGCAGGAGCAACAGGUCAGCGUGGGCGUGGUGAACAGGGCCACCACGAGAGCCGCCUCCACCUUGGCACUGCUCACCUGGACGCGGCGCCUUCCUACACCUGGCCGGAGGGAAGAAGAGAAAGAGAAGGAGGUGGAGGUGGAGGUGCAGGAGGAGAAGGAAGUGGUGGAGAGAAGGGUUAGGGAGGUGCAAAGGAAGCUAGAGGAGGAGGAGGAGGAGAGGAGGGUGAGGGAGAGGAAGGAGAGAGAGGAGGAUGCCGUGGAGAGUCUGAGGUUGGCACUUCAUGAUAUCAACAACGACUCCUCACCUGACGACUUCCUGGGCCAGUGAUUACGACGACCACGAAGAUAAUGACAACGCAAACAUACACAUAAACACAAUCAGAUAAACAGGAAACAAACAAAAAAAGCCCCGUAAUCAAAAUCUCUCACUAAAACCAAUUUGUACACCCGCGACAAAAAGUAUCUUCACAGGCCAAAAAAAUAUGUACACGCACAGACAUAUAAAGAUAGAAAGAUAAUGGAACAAUAACCAAAACAAACAUAAAAACAAACAAAAACAAAGAAGAAGAAGAAGAAGUAGUAGUAGAAGAAGAAGAAGAAGAAGAAGAAGAAGAAGAAGAGCAGAAACAAAAACAACAAUAACUACUACUACUACUACUACUACUACUACUACUACCACUACCACCACCGCCACCACCACCACACACAUUAUAAACGAAACAAACACCAAAAUAACAUACAAUAAUGAGGAUAGUAUUAACAUAUAGUAUUCGAUCUCACUUGUAACCUCCCUAUAUGGUAUUAGAUUCGCCUUAUACUCCUAAAUACUCCAGGACCAAUUACUGUACAGGUGUGUUGCUCAUUAACCUGGCCGCACCUUAAUUAGCUCUUACCUGUGUUGCAUGACCUGUUGUGUACGUGCGUGUGUUUGUGUUAAUUUGGCAAUGUUAGUUUUCUUUAAUUAUUUGACUAUUUACAUAUAAUAUACCUCAUUUUUUUGCACACAAGUUAUAUGAAACGCACAAAUAUAUACAUAAUUAUAGAUGGAUAUGUAUGGCUAUUAUGUAUUAUUUAUGUAUUCUUUCUCUCCUUUCAUUUUUCAUCUCAGUUAUUUUCCCUCUUUCUCUUCCUCUCUCUUCUUCUCUUCCUCUUCCUCUUCCUCUCCUUACCUCUUCUUUUGCCUUCCUCUUUAUCUCUUCUUUUUCCUCUCCUUUUUCUCUUUACUAUACGUUCUUUAAUCUCAUAUUUCACCUUUUUCCUCUUCCUCUCCUUUUCCUCUUUCGCCUUCCUCUUUUCCUCUUGUUCUUUUGCCUUUUUCUCUUUCUCUCCUUUUCCUCUUUACUCCAUUUAUAAACCUCCUCUUUUGCCUUCCUUUCUUCCUCUUGUUCUUUUCCUCUUUCUUUUCCUCUAUACUACAUUCAUAAUCUCCUCUUUCGCCUUCCGUUUUUCCUCUUGUUCUUCUUCCUUUUCCUCUUCUUUUCCUCUUUACUCCAUUUAUAAUCUCCUAUUUUGCCUUCCUCUUUUCCUCUUGCAUCUCUCCUCUUCUACACACGUCCAAACUAUCUUAAUCUCGGCUCCUCUUUAUCUCUAAGCUCUAUAACCUGAACUCUCUCUGUUAUCAAGUUUAUCUGUGAAAAAUUUGGAUCAGUAAAGAA